UCUCGUUAAAAUGGAUGGUAAGUGAAAUCUCUGACUCUGUUUCUAAGAAUUAUGAAUAAUUCAUGCGCCAGUUGAAUCGAAUCUAAUACGUUUCUCUUAUUUUAGAUGUGAUAGAGAUCAAGUCAAGUGAAAGCUAAAUCAACCUUCUUAAAGAUUGGCUGUUUCAAAGACAACAAAGAAUUGAGGACGCUACCUCAGGAGCUAUCUAACUUGAGAGGUCAGAUUGUGUGGACCGAUAUGGCUGCUACCGUGAGGCAGUGCGCUGAGCAGGCAAAGGCUGCUGGGUUCCAGUACUUCGCGAUACAGUAUUACGGAGAGUGCUGGAGUGGGACUGGGGAGAACAAGUCUUUCUCUCGUUACGGCCCAUCGAAUAACUGCUGGAGUGGAGUCGGGGGAGAAUGGACCAACGCCGUCUACCGGCUGCAAAAUAUGCCAGCCUGCUCAAGCCAGCUUCCUUACACGGUCAGGUCUAGCAGCGCGACAAGCUCUAGGGUUGGAACCUGGUGCUCAGCUAAAAGUGAUAUGGCUCCGUGGCUGGAGAUAAAUUUUGACAAACCUACAAGAAUAACAGGGAUAGGAAUCCAGGGCAAGUACCCGAAUAACUUCGUGACCGAAUUCACCAUGGAAUUCAAUGAAGGAGAAGGAGAAUGGACUCCGUACAGGGAAUACCGGACAGUGCGGGUAUUGAUUGGGAACUCAGAGUGGUCGGACGUGCAGAUCCAAUGGCUCGUUAACCCAACCGAAGGACGAUCAUUCCGCAUCAAGCCAAAGACAUGGAAACCCUCAGCUGGUUCGGCAUGCAUGAGUGUGAGGCUGUUCGGCUGCGCAUGAGAGUGAGGCUGUUCGACUGCGCAUGUAUGAUAUCCAGUGACGAAAUGAGGAAUUUUAUUAGAAAAUGAAUGAAUAUAUUUAACAAUGAUUAUCAAUAUAUGAAUAAAAAAACAUUGAGC